AUGAACACCAUCCUACACGUCGUGUAUAUAGCUCUUUUUGUUGUUGUUAUCAAUGGGCAGACAUGUGAACCGUGUAAAGAAAACAAUCCGCGUACAAUAUCUUUUAUAAGCAGAAACGUGUCUAGUUCAGUGAAUCAAUUUAUUUGGAUAAGUGAAGGAGUAACAGCCGCUGUAUGCUACUCACAAAAUGGACUGGAGUGUUUAUUAAACCCAGAAGCUCGUGGCUUGCUGUCGUCAACAAUUGAAAAGAAACCAGAUGAUGUAGUAAAUACCUCUGUUACGUUUACAGCUAAUAGACUCAAAAAGCUAACAUCAGAGACAAAAUGGGAACUCAAAGUUUUAGAUGACCAUCAAAGCUUAAAGCAAUUGUAUACGUGUGAUGUUAAAAUAUACAGGAGUGUACCUCUACCUAGCUGUAAUUACGAGGCCUCGCAUAAAGGUUUAGAAGUGAAAUGUUUCAGCCCUUUCGUGUACCCCACAAGCGUAUGCAGCUUUAAUGUUCGCUUUGUUCAGACAAUUUUAAACCAGAUGGCUGUUCAUUAUAAUCAUUCCAUUACAAAUACUGAUCCCAUCUACUACACAACUGAAUGUUCAUUGUCAGUACCACAACAUCUGUUAAUGCCUGGUGUGCUGAAAUACCAAGUGACAAUGUUUCCAAAUAUCACUACUACCAGUGCAACAUUUUCAAUAAAAGAAUUAGAAAAGACAGCUAAAGACACAAUCAACAUAGAAUUCCCAAGUAUUAAAAUGGUAGCAUGCCCAGAUUUAAUUGAAGAAGGGAAUAUUUUCAACUGCACAUGUGAAAGAAAUGACACAAGUGAUAUCCGAACACUUGUCUAUUGGUAUAGUUCAAAAACUACCAAUGAAAAAUUUACAAUUUUGUCAGAAACAGCAAUAGAAAAUGCAUCAGAUUUUGUCUGCAAUGCAGUUAGUGGAUUAGGAUGGACAUCAAAUAUAAAUUACAGUCCUACAAUUAAAAAAAAGAAAUCCAGUAAUAUGUUAACGUGCUCCAGUAACAAGCCUUACAACUGCUCUAAUGAAUGCUAUGGUGAUGAUGAAUUUUGUCUCAAAGAUGCAGUUUACUCUUGCAUUUCUCCACUCAGUGUCAUUCACCUCCAUGAAUGGUGUCGUACAAUUAAUGUGUCAGAUACUAGUCCUAGAGAAUCCAAGAGCUGUCAUAAAAUUUGUCUAUUCCUUCAAGGAAAAACUAAAGAUAAAAACAAUGAUAAUCUUGAGAUUAAAAUUGGAAUAAGCACGUCGUCUUUAUUAAUUGCAGGUAUACUAAUCAUCUUAUUGGUAAUAUAUCGAAAGCCCUUACUGCAACUGCUGAAAGGAGCAAAUUAUGAAAAUAGAAAUUUAAAUCAAGAUGCAGUUCAGCACAAUAAUCAUUUGCGAGAGUUCCGACUAAUAGAAGAAGACCAGCAAGCAGUUAUUCCACUUUUAGAUCUUCCUAAUGAGCAUCAGGCAAUGGAAUCAUCUGGUACAUUGCCACAAGGCCCUACAAGAAUCUUACAAGAGGUAGAGGUAGAUGAACAAAAUAGAACACACUGCACCAGUGAUGAUCAACUUAAUCAAUCAAACAGGUUUACACAGCAUGACAAUAUACAUCAAGAAGGGAAUACAUAUUUGUCAGAUGCCACAGAAGAAACUUAUUUAAUGAAGCCGUGUUUCAGUAUGGAGGAUGAAGUAUUGGAUUUGAGGGAAUCACACCAAAGUAUUACUGUUUCAUCAGAAGGGACAAAUGAAAUAGAACCAAGCACACAAUAUCGCUCAAACGAUUAUCAACAACAGGUAACAACAGAUGAAACAGAGGUAGCAGGCUUGGCAAAUACCUUAGAAGAGGAUGUUACAGAUGAUACAAAUAUAAUUCAGGAUUUCACUUUUCAAACAGAUGUUAUACCACAAGAAGAAUGCUAUGAAAGAGAGAAAAAUCCCAGUAAUGAAGGUGUUCAGUAUCAGACAGAUGUAAGAAAUGUUACUUUAGAGGAUAGUCUAUCAGCAGAAAAUAAUUCAAGUAGUUCUCAGCCAAAACUGCCUAUUGCAACAAAAGAUGAACUGGUUAUUACUUUCCAUAAGUUAAAACACUAUGGAGCGUCUGUUAAAGUGCUAUUGCCCCUUUCCAUAUUUACACCCAUAAGCCAGCUGAAAGAAAACAACAAAGAUGCUUUACACAUUGUGGCAGGAUAUCAGCAAUGGGAAUUUGCUGGAACUGUACUGGCAGAUGAUAGGUGCUUAAAAGAUUACAAUAUUAAGUAUGGAGACAACAUCACAAUUAAAUUAAUAUAAUUGUCAGAAUAUUCAUUUUCAUAUGUUGCUACAUUGUAGAAGAAAGUUUAAUUUGUGUAAGGUUACAAAGGGUGCAAUAAGGAAAAUCAAAGUGCAUUACAAACUGUUUGUAGUAGUUUACUGUUUUUGGUAAUUGUACUAUCAACAUACAAUAAAAGGGCUAAUAUAAUAUUUAAAGCAUACGUUACAUAUUUUUAAAAAAUAUAACAUUUUUGUAUAAAAUGUUUAAGGCAUGGUGCACUAAUUUAAAAUUAACUGAGUAAAAUAACUAUUAUAUUUUUUCCACAUCAUACUUAGUUUAUAUUUGUAUUUUCAACUCUGUAGUUAUUUUUUACAAUCUUAAUUUUUUAUUUAAGUGCUAGCAUAGUCUAGAGGAAGAAUGCAGUAUACACCUUAAAUAAUAAUCACGAGUUCAGUACCUAGAUUCGAUAUUGUAUAGUGCUCUGAAUAAGCUACUGCUUACAUGGACAAACUGCUUGUUAGAAUCACGUGAACCCUAGCAGCUGUUUACGUGGGUGUAUAAAUAGUUUUUUGCUCUAUCUGUAUUUAAAAAUGGUGGUUUCUCAAAGUGAGCGAGAAUUGGAGAUAUGUUGUUUAAUAAUGUAAAUGUGUAAAUGUAUUAUUCAUAGUUGAUUAAUUUUUUUCAUUGUUAUAUUUAUGUACAUUAUACUCAUAUUUGUAAAUAAGGUAAUGUAAAUUAAAGAGUUUUAUGACAUAACA